CAUGACCUAGAGUUCUUCGACUUGUGUAUCAUCUAAACGGCGUCGUAUCAUCUCGCAGUCUUCACCAAACGUCGUUAAAACACACAGUGGAACCACAAAUCGUGCGUGUGUGAGAGAGAAACAACCAGCGAUGAGCGGAGCAGCCUCGUAUCUGGCUCGGAGAGCCGCACAGAAGGAGAGAGUGAGAAUCCUCUACAGACGUGCUCUCAAAGACACUCUCAAUUGGGCCGUUCAUCGUCAUCUCUUCUACCCCGAUGCUGAUGCACUUCGUGAGAGAUUUGAUGCGAAUAAGAAUGUGGAAGAUAUAGAGACUAUUGAUAGAAUGAUUGCUGAUGGUGAGUCACAGUACAACAAGUGGCGCCAUCCUGAUCCUUACAUUGUUCCAUGGGCUCCUGGUGGCAGCAAGUUUACUCGCAACCCUGAACCACCUGCUGGGAUUGAGAUAGUUUAUAAUUAUGGUCGAGAGGAUCAUUAGCUGAAAGCAAUAUGGGCUCCAUGGCAAUAAAUCAAGGUUACUCAAGAAGCAAGUGCCUCGUAUUACUUUUUGUCCGUAAUGACGAUUUGUCGUCGGUAUGAAAUGUUUUCUUGAAUGUGUUUUGAUUAGCACCUAGUGUUGAUAACUUUCCCAAUUUGAUGCCCAUGACUUUCUUUAUCACUGACUUGCAAUAUUUCUUCCCAUUUUGGCAACUUCUAUGCAAAACUUACAUGCUUGUAUGCUAUCAAUAAGCUGAUGGAUCUUAAACUUACUUUAUUUAUCUUGUGUUUUAGAUAA